CCGCCUGUCUUGGUGCUUUUGUCACCGUCCUCGACGUCCGCCUCACUACUCCGACAUGUCGUCUGGCGUUUCGACUCCAUUGUCGACGACGUCGACGCUCUCUGUUCCCACUUCUCCCGACCUCGGAUCCACAGCAAACUCCAUCAAGUUACUUCCAAAAAGCUCACUGCUUUCAGCUUCAGUGAUUAUAGAACAAAUAGCGUCCCGAUCAUCCUCAACUUCAACUCUCUUUGUAUACGACCUUGCCGAGCAAGUUGGCUUUGGAUCCCUUACUAAAGCAUGGUCUGGCGCAGACGGUACUGCUCCCGUCGUGAGCCUGCAGACUAGAUCAGGUGCAGGCUUAAGUUUGGUCGGCAGACUUUCUCAGGGAUCCAGUAAAGACUCUACACACGGAGCAGUACUCACCGCAUACAACACUCCAACAGGCCUUGCAGCGAUGAUACAGUCGCUAUCCUAUCUGCCAGCACCCUCUCAAAACAGCAGACUCAUUAUACAGGUACCGACCGUCACACCCGUCGGGGACAAGUUUGCAUUGUCCCCCACCUUGGCUCCUCUUACGCCUAUUCUAUCACUCUUGCCAGAGCACUUCACUGUCCUGCUCUCUGCUACCCCACAGGAAGCAGUUGAUCUCGCGACGUUGUCGUACAAACUCUCCAACGCACACGUCGUCCACAUUUUCGAUCAUUUCAGCUCCGCACGAGAGAUCGGCGCUCUGAAUACACCUUCAUUGCCGGAUGCCUCUGAGAGUGUCGAAUUGAGGGAGGGACUCUCCCAGGCAGGAUACCAAUACUUCGAUUACACAGGUGAUAGUGAAGCCCACACUGUAAUUGUCGCUCUCAACGGGCCUCUUACCCAACUUGCCAAGGCUAUCGCUGCCGAGGUACCAGGUUUGGGCGUUGUGUCUGUUCGUGUCCUACGGCCUUGGGACGAAGAUACCUUCCGCGCCAUUAUACCCGCUUCAGCAAAGCACAUCCAUGUUUUAGACGACGUGCCCGCAGAGUAUGCUCAAGGCAGCCUCUACAUAGAUGUUUACUCUUCGUUGUUGAACCCUCUUCAGCCUGGUCCUGUGGUAAAGUCCCAGAGGAUCACUCCAGCCCGCACACAACAGUUCGUUGCGUCCCCGUUGUCGUUCACGAGGUUCCUCCUCAGUUUCCUUCCCAUUUCGGAACAGACUGUGUCGGUCUAUGGACCCACUUCGAAGAAGGUCCUCUUCUUCGGUGCACCCAAAUCUGCUCUCUCUUCCGUCCCUCGUUUGAUAGAACAGACGUUUGCAAGCCAGGCUAGUAUAACUUCUCGCCUCUUGACAGACUAUGAUGUCCUAUCAAAGCCUGGCGGUGUCGAGGCCAAUCGCCUUGUCCUUUCCGCCAAGAGUACAUCGGAAACUUACAUUCCAUCUUCUUUGGCACUCCCCAUAAGCCCUAGCAGUCCCGGAGCCUCAGAUGUCCUUGUGGUGUUGGACCACAACCUCCUCAAAUCGCAUUCACUAGCAACGCAUGCAAAGGAAGGGUCCCUUAUUCUUGUCGUGAGCGACUGGUCUCCUGCAGAAUUGAUUUCUACCGUUGCUUCGGAGACGUUGGUUGUCAUUCGUCAAAGACAACUCCGUUUGUGCGUGCUUGACGCGGAAGCUGUCGCGUCCCAAAUCAGAGGAGAGUCCAUUCAGAGUGCUGUCGUUCACCUGGCAUUCCUUCGCCUUUAUUUGGGCAAGGGCGCAACGCCAGAGGUCGUUUUCAGGCUCGCGCAGCGAUCUUUAAGUGACGCUUUCCAGGAUGUGAACUUGAAGGAGCUCGCCUCUCGCGUCUGGGAUGGUCUCGUAGAGGUUCAGGUUCCUGAGGAACCUGCGGAUGCAGAGGAAGCCAAACCAGUUGCUCUCAAACACUUCGAGUUCAACGCUAUUGCCGUUGAGACAGACGAAGGUGACACAGUGGUCAAUGGUGCCAAGUUAGGCUCCUGGCAUGACGCGGCGAAACACAUCCUAUUCCCGUCCGCUUUCACGCCUCCCACCGUCGACGAUGCUGUUGAAUCAGACCUUCCACCAAACGUCGCGUUGCGUCCCGAAGUUCCUGAACGCACUUUCCUUGUCACAUGUACCGUCAAUCGUCGUUUAACCCCUACCGAAUACGACCGUAACGUCUUCCACCUCGAGUUUGAUACGACGGGAACUGGACUCAAGUAUGACAUUGGUGAAGCAUUGGGGAUCCAUGGUUGGAAUGAUACAGACGAAGUGCUUGACUUCUGCUCCUUCUACGGCGUCGACCCCAACCGUGUCAUUAGUAUCCCCGUUCCAGGGAGCGACGGCAGCAAGGUGCAUACUCGAACCGUUUUUCAAGCGCUCCAACAACAGAUCGAUCUCUUUGGCAAACCCACCAAAACUUUCUACUCUGAUUUGGCCGCCUAUGCGACACGCCAGACGGACAAGUACGCGUUACAGUUUAUUGGUUCUCCUGAGGGUUCUUCGACAUUCAAGAAGUUGUCGGAGAAGGAUACCGUGACCUUUGCGGAUAUCUUGAGGCGAUAUGAUAGUGCCCGACCGGGGAUUGAGAGAUUGUGUGAGCUGAUUGGGGAUAUUAAACCCAGGCAUUAUAGUAUUGCCAGUUCGCAAGCUGUGGUGGGUGAUCGUGUCGACUUGCUUGUCGUUACCGUUGACUGGAUUACGCCAAGUGGGACGCCACGCUAUGGUCAAUGUACUCGAUACCUCGCUGGAUUGAAAGUCGGGCAGAAAGUGACUGUUUCGAUUCGACCCAGCGUAAUGAAGCUCCCUCCCGAACACACCCAACCCAUCAUUAUGGCAGGUCUCGGUACAGGUGUCGCGCCCUUCCGCGCAUUCCUACAACAUCGUGCCUGGCUCGCACAGCAAAACAUCCCCGUCGGACCGACCUUCUACUACUUUGGUUCUCGUCACCGCGCUCAAGAAUACCUCUAUGGCGAAGAGAUUGAAGCCUUCAUCCUGGACGGUACAAUCACACGCGCGGGUUUAGCCUUCUCGCGAGAUACCCGGAAGAAGAUAUAUAUUCAGCACAAGAUGCAUGAAGAUGGUAAGGACCUUGCGAGGUUGUUGUUAAGGGAGAAGGGUGUGUUUUAUCUGUGCGGACCGACGUGGCCUGUACCGGAUGUACAUGAAGCCUUGGUUGGGGCUCUUGGGGAGUUUGAGGGGCUAGAAACUGAGCAUGCUGCUACCUUCCUAGAGGAGUUGAAGGAGGAGGAGCGAUAUGUUUUGGAGGUGUACUAAGUGAUCUGCUCACUGGGUUUAGAAUCAUUUACGCAAGUGCAGAAAUCGUGUCAACAUUGUUCCUGGGGUCGUAUAGUUACACUGGAAUACAUGAUAGCAUGAAAGAAUAUGAACCAUGAAGGACCCCCCAAAAAAUGAGCUCCACAAAUAACACUACAUAAGCUAAGUGAGAAAUUAACGUUAUCCCACCUUUGUAGAAUUACGUGUAGCCAACACAAUCCAAUACGUCCCAAAACCCAAAAUGAUCAACCCAACGAUAGUAAUCACAACAGCGAACGCGAUCUUCGCGCCCUUGGGCCACGGAUGAAUUCCACAACCUGUCUUGACAGCAUCGUCACAGGGCGAAUUCUUCGGCUUCACAUACGACCCUUCCUCAAUCGACACAAACACCGGUUCUUGCGUUGCAGUAGUUUGGUUCAUAAUCGUAUACGCCACCAAACUGAGUAAAGGCGCAUUAUAAUCCAACGCAACUUCACCUUGCACCCAAUCACUCCUCAAAUCCCAAAACCGAUCCCUCGUAUCCGGGCCUCCUACAACUGCCCCAUAUAACACAUAUCGUUCGUGUUCUGGCACCGUAUCGAUAUUCGCGAUAUCGUAUGGCGAGGCACCGGUUGCUAUAGCGCUAUGUGGGUUUUGAGGCGAGUUUGGGUGUGUGCCUACGAUGUAGGGCACGUUCAUUGGGUUUGCGCCGAGAGUGUAGUUGAGUUGGGAUUGAGCGAAAGUGAGGUAGGAAUUACGUUGUGAGGAGGGUGGGAGGUUGGAUGUUGCGUAACGGGUGAGGAGUAAGGCUGCGUUUAGAGCCGGGUUGAGGGAUGCGUCGUUUGAGUCUCCGGGAUACCAGAGAAGGCCGCCUGUGAAUUUGAAGAAGGUGAGAUCUUACAUGGAAUGCUUGAUGAUUUUUAUGAGGAAUGCG